GGCAAGCGCGUGGUCGACGUUGCGUGCGGCGAGCACCAUGUGUUGUUCAUCACGGGCCAAGGCGAGGUCUAUUCGCUCGGUACCGGCGUACUGGGCGCCCUCGGGCAAGGCACAACGGUGGACCAGCUCGUGGAGCCCAAGCAGAUCUUGGCACUACAAAAGGUGCAC